UCGUGCCAUUGGUAACUGUCGACUUUUGGAGUGAUGUUCGCGUCCCUGUUUUUUAGCGGAAAAAUGUUAAUUUUCUAGCAAUAUUGCCGCAACAAAUAGAAAAACUUUUCGACAAAUUUGAUGGUGUUUUAGUGGCGAAAGACUCUGGUUUCGAACUGUACCGAUUUGUGUCUUAUCUGGACAGUCCUACCUCAACAUUUCAAGCACUGUGUUACGUUUGAUGCUCAGUAAGAUUAAACUAUGACGGAGAUAGUGUAUCCUCCCGGGUGCCGACCCAUCAGCGAUGAUCAAGGGCCUGAUGAACUAAUAAGACGUUUAAAAACGUUAGCCCAUACCCUGCAAGCGAUGGGACAAGAUGAUGGGGCAUACAAACAGUAUGUACCUCUCAGUCUUCAUCUAGCCGAAGAACAGUUCUUAGGACAUCCAUCUAAAGAUGUACAGUUGCUUAUAGCAUGUUGUAUAGCCGAUGUAUUACGAGUUUAUGCUCCAGAGGCUCCCUAUCAGGAUCCCGAGCAAGUUAAAACUAUUUUUCUCUUUCUAAUCACGCAGUUGUCGGGUUUAAAAGAUCCCAAAGAUCCAGCAUUCAAAAGAUAUUUUUAUCUAUUAGAGAAUUUAGCUUAUGUCAAGUCGUUUAACAUGUGUUUCGACUUGCAAGACUGUCAGGAAAUAUUCUGUGCGCUGUUUGGUUUGAUGUUUGACAUAGUCAAUGAUGAACACUCGGGUAGAGUGAAGAGUUUCAUGUUGGAUGUUCUAUGUCCACUGAUUACGGAAAGUGACAUGGUUGGUAAUGAUCUCUUGGACUUAAUCCUAAUGAACAUAGUAGAACCAAACAAAUCUCAGCAAAAAAACGCUUAUUUCCUUGCCAAAGAGUUGAUAGUGAAAACAUCAGAAACUUUAGAGCCUUACAUACAAGCUUUCUUCAAUCAAGUAGUGAUUCUAGGCAAGGAAGACCAGAAUCUGAAGAUUGCAGGCAAAGUAUAUGACCUGAUCUACGAACUGAACCAUAUUUGUCCCCAAAUUUUGGUUGCCGUGUUGCCACAAUUGGAGUGCAAGCUAAAAAGUUCCCAAGAGAACGAAAGAUUGGCUGCUGUAGCUUUGCUGGCUAAGAUGUUUAGUGAGAAGGACUCAGACUUGCCUCGGAAGCAUGGACCUUUGUGGAGAGCGUUUUUAGGAAGAUUUAAUGAUAUUUCUGUGACUAUAAGAACAAAAUGCGUACAGUAUUCUAUGCAUUUCCUCUUGAACCAUCCCGAUUUGCGUAAAGAUAUUACAGAAACUCUGAAAAUGAGACAGCAUGACUCUGACGAGAAUGUUAGAUAUCAGGUGGUUAUGUCGAUUGUAACAACUGCCAGGAACGAUUUUCAAGUAGUCUCAGACUCUGAAGAUCUACUAGAAUUUGUUAAAGAACGAACCUUGGAUAAAAAAUUCAAAAUUCGCAAAGAAGCAAUGUCAGGCUUGGCUUUGAUUUAUAAAAAACAUCUCAGCGAUCCCGACGUGCCCAAUGCGACAAAAAAAGCUGUUACAUGGAUCAAAGAUAAGAUUUUACAUGGAUAUUACAUGGCAGGCAUGGAAGAUAGGCUCCUAGUUGAAAGGUUGCUCAAUACAUGUUUGGUACCAUAUCAGCUAUCGCCUGCAGAAAGAAUGAAAAAACUGUACCAUUUGUUGGGUACUGUUGAUGAGCAUGCCACAAAAGCGUUUAUGGAGCUUCAGAAAAAUCAGUUGUGCGUCAGAAAAUUGGUUUUGGAAUGGCUAGAACUGCAUAGAAAAGCUAUCGUUAACCCAAACCAGCCAGAAAUACAAAGGGAAAUAUCUAACAAACUACAAGCGUUAUCUAGGUGUUUGCCCGAACCAGUCAAGGCCCUUGAAUUUUUGACCAAAUUCAGCUUCCAUUUGAAAAAGGAUCCAGAGUUGUUGGAAAAAUUCGAGACAGUUACCAGGCCGUCAGUUGGCUGCAAGGAAUGUUCAGAAGCUACUGCAGCUGUUUUGAAGAAGCUAGGAUCGCCUGUCAUGACCAAUCUGUAUUACAAUAUGGUUAAAAUGCUUUUGGAGAGGAUCAGCUCAGUUAUGAUCGAUCACGAAGCUUUAGGAAUAUUGAUCAGAUACGUGGAAGAUUGUUUAAGAGGAGGAAACUCGAUAGAAGAAAUUGGUUUGCAUCCAGCCACUGCUGGAGACCGAGGUUUGAAACUCCUGGUCAUGCUGAGUGUGGUGUUUCCCUCCCAUUUCCAUCAUUCGGACAUUUUGGAGGAUCUUAUGGAUCUGUUGCGUCUGGACGAUCAAAACGUAGCGCCGUUGGUUUUGAACGUGCUCACUUUCCUGGGCAAAUACAAGUGUUUAUACGACCAAUUUCCCCAUCUGAUGAAUAACUUAGCUCCCAUUUGCAAGGAACUGGCCUGUACAGGCACGCCCAAACAAGCCAAGGGUGCCAUUCAUUGUAUCCACAAAAAUAUGCCUCCCUUACACGACGAACUAUUUGCUCAGAUCCUGGAAUCAAUAAAGGAGAAUCUGAUACCUGAAUCACCUCAUUACAGAACGGCUAUAGUAUCACUGGGCCACAUAGCUUUCACAUUUCCGGAAAAGUACAAAGUACCUAUCAAAAAUAUCGUUUCUAGAAAGAUCGUUAAAGAAUUGUUAGUAAAAGACGCAAGGGAGAGCAAGGAACCCAUUUACGGUAUCAGCGACAGCGACUCCUGGUGUCCAGAGGAAAAACUGCCAGAAGACACUAGGUGUAAAGUGGAGGGACUCAAGGCCAUGGCCAGAUGGUUGCUGGGACUGAAACAGGACACUGCCUCAGCACAGAAAACUUUCAGAAUGCUGAACGCGUUCAUUUUACAUAAAGGAGAUUUAUUGCAAAGCGGUAGACUGUCUAAGGCCGAGAUGUCGUGGCUAAGGCUAGCCGCAGGUUGUGCUAUGUUAAAGGUUUGUGAACAGAAAGGUGUAGGUGACCAAUACACAGCGGAACAAUUUUAUAAUUUGUCUCAGUUGAUGUGCGACGAGGUGAAACAAGUACGAGAAAUCUUCGCUACAAAACUACACAAAGGAUUGAAUAAAGGUUUGCCCAGUAAGUGCCUUCCCCUAGAUUUUAUGGGAUAUUACGCCCUAGCAGGUAGAGAACCAGAAAACAGAUUGAGAACCAUCAUUAAGAAUUAUAUGAUCAAUGAUAUAAACAGGAGAAGAGACUAUGUAAAAACAAUAACGAUGGGAGGUAAUAACUCAGAUAGUAGGGCUAUGUCACAGCUACCACAUAUUUUACCUGAUUACAUGUUGGUUUUUGCCAUACCGGUAUUAGCACACGAACCAAGACUCACAAGGUGGGACAAUCUAUCUGAAUUGACAAUAGCACAGCAGUGUCUCUGGUUUAUUUUGGAGCCCCUGGUGACGAAAAACGAUUACUUCAGUUACGGAUUUUACAAAACGCUGAUAGAGAAGAUGAAAAACCACAAAGACGCCGUCAGACCCGACGACGAUCAUUUGAACUACAAAUUGUGGGCCUUGUGCGAUCUGACCACAGGCCUCCUCCUCACCAAAUCCACCAGCUACGAGCUGAAAGACUUCCCCAGCGAGACCAGGGUGCCCACCAUGCUCUUCGUGCCCCAAAAGAACUUCCAAAACAACCGAGUGUUCCUACCCCCCGAGCUCCAGUACCAGCCCAACAAGAAACAGACUCUCACUUUGAGCAUGCUCAAUAACGAGAACAAGGAGAAACCGAAAAAGCCCAAGUUCAUCCAGAAAGUGGUGGAAGGUUGCGGACCGUUGGGAACGGACGUACAUCCUUCCGAAGCGUCAGACACGAAAAUCCACGUCCCCGGACUAGAGGUUAACGAAGAGGACGAGCCUCCCGCCAAAAGAUUGAGGGAACGAAUCAGAAACGACGACGACGAGAAGUGAUACUGUGUGAGUUUGAGUUAGGGUUUAAACGAACUACUUUUAGAUCUCCUCCGGUAGAAAGGAACUAAUUCAACCUUUUAUUUAUGUAAUUUUUUUGAAAAAAAAACACGACGGUUUUGUAUUUAUUUUCUUCUCUGUAUUUUUAUUACUAGACGUUUUAAGUUAAUUUUUCUUUUCGUCUAUAUACUUUUUACUUGUAUAUGUUUUUUUGAGACGUUAUUUUUUUAGAUAAAUGUGAGGUUAGUUCCGGCCUGUGUGGACAGACAGUUGUUCUAGGUUCCUGUAAAGAGUCUUUUUUUGUUUUUUAUUUCUUUACAAUAAUUAUUAUUAUUGUCUUAGUACGUUUAAGAUAUAUAUGAUGAAAAGUUAUUUUUCUAUAAUAUAAAGACGCGUUAGGAUGUGUGUUUUCAGGCUGGCCUGUUAAGUUUGGUUCUUCUUGGACAGUGUGUUUCAGAAAUCUUGGGCUAGAUUUUUUUUGUCUUUGAAGUAUCAGAAAUAAAUAUUAAAAAAUAGUGCUGCGAUGUAAUUUUUUUUUGUUUGGGUCUAUCACUUUUUUUCUAAGUAAAAAUCACAAAUAAUAUAUUGAAAUGAAUUUACUGUAAUCUGUAAUAAUAAAAAAAAGUGUUUAAUAGAUGGGGGGGGGGCACGCCUAUGAGUUUAUUUUGGCUAUAAAAAAUUGUUGAAAUUUUAUAUUUAUUUGUACAUUUUCGGGGAAAUUUUUAAAACUUUUUAGUGCCGCAGGUUUGUUCUCUUGAAAUUUCUCGAUGGUAUAUCGAAGCCUUGCGAUGUUGCCACUUCCUGUAUUACCCAUAUAUGAUGCAUAUUUGUGUGUUUACAUCAGUUCUGUAGAACCAGUUAAAACAUUUGCAAUUACUUAAGAAUUUUUUUUACAAAAUCUGAUAGACCUGUAUUGAAAUAAGUUGACGUUUACACUAUCUAAGUUUUCCAAUGACUGUCAUACUAUACAGAGGACGUUCUUAUAAGUGACCGUGUACAUAAUAUAAAUAAAGCAUGUCCUAUAACGAGUCCAUAAGCCGCCAAGAGUUUUAUUUUGCGUUGGUUUUCCCUUUAUAUGGCCUGAGACACGGAACAGCAGUGAACAGUAACAUUUUUGGGAAAGAUUAUAAGCUAGGUAUACUUUUUCUACUAUGAAUAAAUUAAUAAAACUGUACAAAAUAAUGUAUUUUUAAUUUUUAAGAAGUAACGAUUACAAUAAAGACUUUUGUUUAUUGCA